AUGGUGAUGCGAGGAGUCGGUGGUUUCUUCGGGGUGGCAGGCCAAUAUUUCGCUCUGAUGUACCUUACAGUCUCCGACACUGUGGUUAUCACAUUUCUGGGCCCCACGAUAAGCUCGUGGAUGGCUUAUCUUUUCUUGAAAGAAAGGUAUACUCGAUUGGAGGCAGUUUGUGGUAUGGUUGCGCUAUUAGGUGUGGUGCUUGUUGCCAAGCCCACGUUCAUAUUUGGCGACCCGAACCAUGCUUCCAGCACUCCUAAAAGCUCCUCAGGGGGCAAUAGAUCUCUAGAAUCUCUGUCUCCGGGACUUCGACUUUUGGGCACGUGUGAGGCGCUCGUCUCAUGUUUCGGAACGGGACUAUCAACAUGUGCAAUGAGAGUAAUUGGCUUUAAUGCACAUCCUGUCAUCACUGUUUCCUUCUUUUCGCUAGUGACGUUCAUCUUUUCUCUCACAGGAGUAAUUGUGUUGCGGCUACCAUUGCAGAUGCCGCACACCCUGAUGCAGUGGGGACUAUUAACGACCGUUGGGAUUGCCGGGUUUGUGAUGCAAUACCUUUCCACCAUGGGCCUACAACGUGAGAAGGCAUCUAGGGCAAUGACCAUGUCGUAUACCCAGCUCAUCUACACCACCAUUUUAGAAUACCUGAUUUUCCACCAUUUGCCAAGUUUUCUUUCUCUCUUGGGAUCGGCCAUCAUUAUGGGUUCCGUGUUGGUUGUUAUCGUCUACAAAACGGAAGAAGAGCCGGUACCUGAGAUAGACGACACAGAGUUGACAAUCUACGAAGACUCGCAUUCACUAAUUUCAUCGGAUUCUGAUAAAUAG